GCGUCAGCCAACUGUACAGCGGCAGACUGCAGCAACGGUUGACUAGCUGUGACAGCGCCUGGGCGCAAUAACAGUGCAGCUAUUGCCACGCUACAGUUUUGACCACGUGGAGCCUCGUUUAUAAAGACAUCUACAAAUACACAGGUGCUGUCCUCAGUCGCCAUGCUUCAGCUGUUGACGUCACUCCUAUUUGCAGUGUCAUUAUUUCAGCAACAAAGUGUGGAGGCUCAAAGAAAAUACUGCGACAUAAAAAAUCGCCCAGUCUUUGAGAAUGCCGAAGCAGCAAAAUGGAAUUCAUUCAACGGAGAUAUUUCAUGUCAGAAAAACUUUGUUUAUUUGGGACAACGGCCUGCAGCUCAGUGCGUAGAUGGCAAGUGGCUGCAGAACGGGAAAUGCUGGCGUUAUCUGUGGCUCUCCCCUGCGAAAGGAACUAUUUUCUCUCUAGUUCUUAAGCUGAAAGCUGGGAGCAAGUUCACUUUCGGUGCCAUUCUGACCCCAAAGACGAACACGUCGUUUACGGUGAGACUAUCGGACCCAUCUAACCACACUGCAAUAGUCAUACGAGUCAUCUUUAAAACCCGUAUUAAUGGUACUGACAUCAGCAAACACAUUUUCGUUCACACGGUGAAAGAUGGACAAAUUAUGGCUGAAACCAAGUUCUGGCGUUUGUUCCCUUUUGUUGUGGGCACAAAGACGCACAUUAAGCUGAUUGCAGAGAGCGUGAAGACUCUCGGGCUGGUUGUAGGAUCUACGAAGAUUUUCAGAUACGUUUCAGCGACUACAUUGAGGAAGCUGACUAAUAUAACCAUCAGUGAAGAAGCAGAUGUGAACUUUGCAAACGCUUUGUGUAGAAUAUGCAACAUAUCAGAUGCUCCUGAAUUUCCACUUGGUCAAGUAGCGUGGAAUGAAAAGAUAUGGCCGGUGGAGGGCAAUGUCACCUGCAACAAGGGAAACAUCACUUGGAAGGGAAAUACGCCUCCAAAAGCGUUCUGCUUAGCCGACACGUGGUUCAUGAACGGAGGAUGUCUACCAAGAUUUAUGGAUACAUUAGAGAAAAACGUGAGGACUACAGUUGUUGAGCCUUUGCCAUCUGGGGAUAAAAUAACCAUGACAGUUCUUAUUCGGGACAACAACUCGUUUGUAGAUCUAAUAGGAAAAGACAAAGUCUACCGGUUCAUUAUAUCGGUGGAACGCCAGGCAAUAUUUGCAGACCCAUCUGGCAAGGGAAAUGUGUCUCCAUCCACACUCGUUCCAAAUCCGAAUAUAAAACUCAAUUCAACCCUUUUUCUCCAGUUCCACUUGGUCAAUAACUAUACCAUUGAGGUGACUGUCAACGGAAGGAACAGCAGUGUUCAGUUUCACUCGGCCACACCAAUGGAAUCUAUCGUGGGUGUUAACAGCAAUCAGGAGAUCUUGUUCAAAAGCAAAGAUAAUGACCUGCAGGGAAGCAAUGUCUGUAGAGAAGAUCUUGCGCCAUCAUUUGACGGCGGCGUUAUCAAAUGGAAAAAAGUGGAUAAAGGACUGGAGGGAGAAAUUAGGUGCCACACGGACUACGACUGCUUUCCUGUAGACGGGUGUUCAGCCAAGUGUGACGACAAGACAGGAUGGAGGAUAGACGCUGUCUGUAAACGUUAUGCGUGGACAUCUGGCCCAUAUGCAGCAAAUAAAGUUUUUCUUCUACCCGAAUCAAUAAAAGCAGAGCGGGAAAUCUGUUUGUCAGGGAACACAGUAGGAGUCAAAAGACAUAACAUAUCGUUCAGAAGUGGAACGAAUAACCUGAUUCACUUUCAAUUUGACCUUGAAAAUAAAACAGUACAUGCUAACACUUACAUUCAUGGUAUUUGGAAAGAAAAAGUGAACUUUAAAAACCUGUGUACAGCAAUGCAGGCAGGAAACGUGUUUAUGAAAUUUAGAUUUUACAGAGACAUAAAUAUCGAGCUCGAAAUCAACGGAUUUCAUAGAUAUAUCUACUCUUCUGGCUACAACUUUCGAGACAUGACACAUUUGUCUACCUCGAUGGUCAUACUGGCGCUUGACCUGGUCUGUGACCGUCAUAAAACCAACUUCUGUAGAGAGGAGCUGGCCCCAUCACUGGAUAACGGCGCCUUGACUUGGCGUAAGACACAGGACAGGCUUGAGGGUAGCGCCGUGUGUAACAACAAAUUCGCACUGAUCAAGAAAAGCAACUCUACCAGCCACUGCGACAGUAACGCAGGAUGGGUGAUGAGUGAGCAGUGCGUAUCUCUAAUUACCGUGGGGAAGGAUAAAGAGCCGAUCACAAAGCCAAAACCUUUGACAUCUGGGAAGACGAUAUCCAUGGUGGUUGUCAUUCGAGACAAGGAUUCGUUUGUAGAUUUAAAAGGAGAUAACACAAUCUACCGCUUUGUUAUACGUGGAGAAGGCGAGGGAAACGUUCCAGACACGUCUGGCAAGGACAGUAGGGUACCAACCACAGUCGUGCCCAUUCCAAAUAUGAAACUGAACUCAACAGUUUUUCUCCAGUUCCACUUGGUCAAUAGCAAUAUUAUUCAGGUGACCGUCAACGGCGGCACCAGCAGUGCUCAGUUUCACUCGGCCACGCCACUGGAGUCCAUCGUGGGUGUUAACAGCAAUCAGGAGGUCUUGUUCAAAAGCGAAAAUAAUGACCUGCAGGGAAGCAAUGUCUGUACAGAAGAUUUUGCGCCAUCAUUUGACGGCGGCGUUAUCAAAUGGAAGAAAGUGGAUAAAGGACUGGAGGGAGAAAUUAGGUGCCACACGGACUACGACUGCCCUGGUGUACACGGGUGUUCAGCCAAGUGUGACGACAAGACAGGAUGGAGGAUAGACCCUGUCUGUAAACGCUAUGCGUGGACAUCUGGCCCAUAUGCAGCAAAUACAGUCUUUCAUCUACCCGAACCUCUAAGAGCUGAGCAGGAAUUGUAUUUGACAGCCAGCACUGUAGGAGACAGAAGACCUGUUAUUUCGUUGAGAGAUGGAGUAAAUAACCGGAUUCAGUUUCGAUUCGACCUUGAUGAAGGAACGGUACUCGCUAGCACGUAUGUAUACGGUAUUUGGCAACAACAAAAAGACUUUAAAACUCUGUGGACAGUAAAGCGGAAUGCAAGAGCGUUCAUGAAAUUGAAAAUUCACUCAGAUAAAGAUAUCGAGCUCGUGAUCAACGGCUUUUAUAGAUAUAUGUACCCUUCUGGCUACAACUUUAAAGACCUGAUGCACUUGUCUACGUCGUUGGUCGUUAUGGCGAUUGACGUGGUGGGCGACCGCCACAGAACCAACUUCUGCAGAGAGGAGCUGGCCCCGUCACUGGAUAACGGCGCCUUGACGUGGCGUAAGACACAGGACAGGCUUGAGGGUAGCGCCGUGUGUAACAACGACUUUCUCUUGAUCAACAAAGGCAAGUCUACCAGCCACUGCGACAGGAAAGCAGGAUGGGUGAUGAGUGAGCAGUGCGUAUCUCGACAUCCCGUGGAGCGUCCUAUGGAAGACUACGCGUGUGAAGCAAACCAUAUUCCGAAAGUCCUCAACGGUAAAGUACUACAAGCCCAAAGAAAUGGUAGUGUUCUGAUUGCUGAUGUCAUAUGCAAUGGCAACUUUGUACGGAGCACCAGCAAGUCGUCUUCAGUGGUAUGUAGCAGCCUGACCGGUUGGCUCUUUGACGACGUGUGCAACGAAGGUGUCUUGAUAAGGGAAAACAAAAUUCUUGAUGAUGAGAAAAAGGAGAAGAUCACAAGGCCUAAACCUUUGACAUCUGGGAAGAUGAUAUCCAUGGUGGUUUUCAUUCGGGACAAGGAUUCGUUUGUAGAUUUAAAAGGAGAAAACACAAUCUACCGCUUUGUUAUACGUGGAGAAGGCGAGGGAAACGUUCCAGACACGUCUGGCAAGGACAGUAAGGCACCAACCACAGUCGUGCCCAUUCCAAAUAUGAAACUGAACUCAACAGUUUUUCUCCAGUUCCACUUGGUCAAUAGCAAUAUUAUUCAGGUGACCGUCAACGGCGGCACCAGCAGUGCUCAGUUUCACUCGGCCACGCCACUGGAGUCCAUCGUGGGUGUUAACAGCAAUCAGGAGAUCUUGUUCAAAAGCGAAAAUAAUGACCUGCAGGGAAGCAAUGUCUGUAGAGAAGAUUUUGCGCCAUCAUUUGACGGCGGCGUUAUCAAAUGGAAGAAAGUGGAUAAAGGACUGGAGGGAGAAAUUAAGUGCCACACGGACUACGACUGCCCUGGUGUACACGGGUGUUCAGCCAAGUGUGACGACAAGACAGGAUGGAGGAUAGACCCUGUCUGUAAACGCUAUGCGUGGACAUCUGGCCCAUAUGCAGCAAAUGCAGUCUUUCUUCUACCCGAACCUCUAAGAGCUGAGCAGGAAUUGUAUUUGACAGCCAGCACUGAAGGAGACAGAAGACCUGUUAUUUCGUUGAGAGAUGGAGUAAAUAACCGGAUUCAGUUUCGAUUCGACCUUGAUGAAGGAACGGUACUCGCUAGCACGUAUGUUACCGGUAUUUGGCGACAACAAAAAAAAUUUAAAACUCUGUGGACAGUAAAGCGGAAUGCAAGAGCGUUCAUGAAAUUGAAAAUUCACUCAGAUAAAGAUAUCGAGCUCGUGAUCAACGGCUUUUAUAGAUAUAUGUACCCUUCUGGCUACAACUUUAAAGACCUGAUGCACUUGUCUACGUCGUUGGUCGUUAUGGCGAUUGACGUGGUGGGCGACCGCCACAGAACCAACUUCUGCAGAGAGGAGCUGGCCCCGUCACUGGAUAACGGCGCCUUGACUUGGCGUAAGACACAGGACAGGCUUGAGGGUAGCGCCGUGUGUAACAACGACUUUCUUUGAUCAACAAAGGCAAGUCUACCAACCACUGUGACAGGAAAGCAGGAUGGGUGAUGAGUGAGCAGUGCGUACCUUUACAUUCCGUGGAGAAAGGAUAUCCUCUCCCAUCAAUCAUGCCUUCUGUUUCUGAAAUCUGUUUGUCAGCUAACACAACAUCAAAAGAACGGCCCUAUUUGUCCUUCACAGACGAUGAGGACGUUUUAUUUCUCUUUGAAAUUCUUCCUGAGAGGAAGCUUGCAGCUAAAUCCUUGGUAUGUGAUGAACUGAGGCUGGCAUCAAAUAUCUUGACGUCAUGGUCAAUAAAUCCAAACGAGAUCGUGUUUAUUAAAGUCAAGGCCCUCAGUGACAAUCAGAUGCAGCUCCUCAUCAACGGAGUUGACAGCUGGACACUCUAUUCCUCCGGUCGGUCUAUGAAAAACAUUAAAUAUUUUAAAACUUCAUUGACCGUCUUGGAAAUUGACCUUGCAUGUAACCAACAUAAAGUAAAUUUCUGCAGACAAGAUCUGGCUCCGUCCAUUGCUAACGGAACAUUGGUUUUGAAGAUGACGAGCAAUAGGGUUGAAGGAAAUGUUACUUGCAAUGAAGGUUUCAUGUUGGCCAGCCUGAAAGACGGAGAUGUUCACUGUGACCGCUCUGGCGGCUGGGUGGUGAGCAGGCUAUGUAAGUCAAGAAUAUGAGGACAAAGGGCAGAUAAGAGCCUCAAGACCACACCCUCCUUCUCCCCGUUCACCGGCACAAGCAUCUUCCUGCCACUCGCACCUCGUUCGUGGACAACUAUUAAUUACCUCGCAAAAUGAGAAACCAAACCAAGCAGGGUAUCUUGCAGAACUAAAUCUCCAAAUCUGGAAAUAUUUCGGUGCAUUUAUUUAUUGAGUACUUUUUCUGAUGCUUAAUUUUACAUAUUUUACUACUUGUGUUCAUAAAUCAUUCUGCUUUCUUACUCUUUGAGUGUGUGCGCGUGAGUAUUGCUGCUGCUUCUCGUUAAUUCCUUCCUUUAAAAAAAAAGUACGCGUUAAAGAUAAAGCGUAGAAUUUGCUGAAAUAAAGUAACUUUCUUUUGACAAAAUAUAUAUGUCUAUAUGUGUAACUCUCUCAUAGAAAAAGAAAUAUGUACAUUAUGUAAAUUAUCAUUUGUUAAAGGAUUUUUAAUCGUUAAUUUCCAUCAUCAUUAUUUUGACAGGUAGUAAAACGGUCAUAGAAUGUACGUCUCUUGUUAAGUGGCUGAGUCUAAACAAUGUGUGCAGUCAUUUAAGUCAUCUGCAAAAGAAAUAUUGACAGAUAUAUAUGUAUCCAAGUUUCGUGUGAAGGCAGCAUCAGGCUACAACAAAAUCUUCUCACUCAUUGACUUUAUAAACUACUUGUCAGUAUGCAAUUUCCUUUAAGUUAAUAAAAGGCUAGCAACAGGAUAUGCAUUGUUCAAUGAAAGGUGGUGUAAGGCAUCUAUGGUAUUAAAUAUCUUCAAUCCAU